AUGCUAAGACAUUUGCAAAAGUCACCAUUUGGUCUAUAUGAUUCAGAAAUAGCUCAGCUUCUGGAAGAGGUCUUUGAUACUAAUUGGUCUGAUAUUGAAAUUGAUGACAGUGGUAUUGUAACUGACAGCAUCAAGAAGAAAAUCAAGUUUCAUAUAGUUAAAGUUCAAUUUUCACCCAGUAUCUCAACUGCCAUGAUGUCAACAUCAUCAAGUUCUGAUGAAGAAUCUAUUAGUACAGGAGUUAGGAAACAGUUUGAAUAUUUUAAUAAGUAUUUAAAUGAAGAUUUCUUCAGUAAUAUGGCAGAAAAAACAAACAUGAAGCCUGUUUCAUCACAUGGAAAAUCUCUCAACACCACUCCAGAUGAGAUCAACAAAUACUGGGCUGCAAAUAUUGUGAUUUCACUUCUUGGUUUUCCUAAGCUUAGGAUGUGCUGUGAACAAUGUACUAGAUAUCCAAUGGUUGCAGAAAACAUAAGCAGAGAUCAUUUCUACUGCCUUAUAGCAUCUCUCAAGGUUGUUGUUGACAAUGCUGUCAGUGACAAUGUAAAAACAACUGAUAGAUACUGGAAAAUAAGACCAAUGUUGACAAUGAUUAGAAAAGCAUGUCUGCAACAUCCUUGUCCAAAAAUGGUUUCUAUUGAUGAACAAAUGGUGCCAUUCCACGGGCAAGUCUGCAUGAAAUAA